AUAAUUAUUGCAUUCGUUAAAAGAUAUUCCGAGAAAAUAUAACAAUUAAAUUUUUAAAUUGAAAUUACCGAAUUUCAGUGUCACGUGACCAUUUGAAAUCAAUAUGGCGUUGUAAAAAUUGUUUAUGGUUGGCAAGGAAAAAAAUUAGCCCUACAAAAUAUAAUUACCAUAUGUGAUAUAAUAUAUAUAUAAAAAUCGAAGCUAACUGAGACGCACUAAAAAGAAAAGUAUACUUUGGCAUGCAGCAAUAAAAUUAAAUCAAAUUCAAUUUUUUAAGCACUGAAAAGGGUAAAUAACAAAUUUAAUUUUGACAUUAAUUUAAAAAUUAUUUGAUUGAUGAUAAUGAUGACGAUGAGUUCAUUGAUCAUUGUAUUUGAACAGUUCAUUAAUUUAGUAAGACUGGUAAACAAAGGGUACUGGGUGGGUGAAGAUGAAAGUGACUGCUACCUACCUGGCCACUAAACUUUAACUUUAAACUUUAAUUUAAGACAGGCACUAGACUUGAUAAGCCCUAGACUCUAAUAAGUGGACUGAGUGACUGACUGAAUUGUGAGUGUGACUACUCAAUUCUGUGAGUGUCUUGAAUGUGGUAGUGACUUGUGACCAUACUCCCAGUUUUUAUUCAGGCUUAAGAGGCUAUACUUCUACACUAUCACUAUAUUAAUAAGAUAGUAGUAGGAAAUGAUUUUAAAUAUUUAUCAAAUAAAGUCUAAAGGAUGCUUUGUGAUUGUGGCAUGAGUCAACUGCCUUGAGCCUGAGCAUGCCCAGUUUGUACACUGACUGAUGACGACUGCCCAGUUUGUACUGACCGAUCAGUCCAAAAUUAAUUAUAUGAAUCUAUGAACAAACAAAAAAAUUCAAAGAGCUACCCAUAUUCAUAAAAUGUCAUAAUUUUAUGCUAGGCCUAUACUCUAGGCCUAUUUAGUAAUGUUCUUACUCUUAAAAUUAUAAAGAAAUUAGGUGUCAUUUUUUUUUUGGGUAUAUUGUCGGAUUUUAUAUUCUUGUCUUGUCUUGCCAGUAACUGGCAUAAAAGCCAUUUUACAUAUUCAAUUGUAAAUUACUUAUAAUGUAAAUUAUUUAAGUGGUAAAAAUUAAAAUCUAUAAACAUAAAGAAAGUGUACUGGAUACAAAAAUUUCCCAUGCUGAAUCACAUGCAAUAAGUAUGGUAAUUAAAUAAUAAGACAAUCGAUGGUUUAGAAAGUCAUUGAGCCACCCGUGGCACGACUUUGACAUUUAUAAAAUAUGGGGCUAAAUAUAUUUUCAAAUAUCUGUUGUGUUAUCUUUCUAUUACUAUGUCUGUAUGAGCCUCUUUUAAAACUAAGUUAAUUGUUUGGGCAAGCAAGAAAAAAAAUCGCAAAACUUUUAUAUAUCUCUUUUCUUUUUGCUUCAUAAGACUUUUGUAACAUUAUAUAACAUAUCUCAUUUUUUUUUACUGACAUCCUAAAUUUCUUACAGACUUUUACAUAAAAGUUAUUUUAGGCCAAAUUGUUUACAGAUGGUUGGCAACCCUCCCGCUCCACCAUGUUAGAACUACUGAAUUAAGUUAUUAUUUAGUAUGUGAGAGUAACUGUUAAAUGCUUUGGUUCCAACAUGUUCCAUGGUAAAAAAUUUGUAUGUCACCGGUUAGCUUAUUACUAUGUUAUUUCGCUUGGGUCAAGAUAUAACUCAUCUAUACAUUUUAUUUUCCUACUUAUCCCAGAUUAAUUGCUUGGUGAGGGAUUUAAUUUACAAGUCAUCUCUGAUUCAGUGCUUGAACUUUGUGGAGGAUGAGAAGUAACUUUGGUAAUAUAACAUUGAUAUAAUCAUGUUUACCAACCUUGUACCGCAUUAAAAGAGCAGAGACCUCAAAGAAUAUUUUUUUUAAAUUGGAAAAACAUAUUAGGGCCUAGGUACAAAAAAAAUGCAGCAGUCUUUUUAUCUCUGGGGUGACUCUAGCGCAAAAAAUAUACAUACCACUUGAAAAAUUUUGAAUUAAAACAAAAUCUAAGUAUGCUUUAAAAAAUCAUUACUAUAUACACGUAAAUUACCAAGUGGCAAGCAUUUUUAUAUUGCUACUCAUUACCUAUAAAAUUUAAUGCAGUACCAGAUUUUAAAAGAUCCUUUUCAGCAUUUUUAAAAAAUAAUAAAAAAUGCAUGUUAAGUUUCAAUACAUGUUUAUGCUUGAUGUAUACUCAAGUAAGUGCACACUUCAUCAAUCAUAUUUGACUAGUAUUUAUACAUAGUAAAGAUCUGAGAAUUGAUUUUAUCACAUUAAGUAGAAAUAAAGUAGUAGGCCUAUGUUGUGAUGAUGGGACUAAUCAACUCACAUUACAGUUUUAAUUUUUCUUAAAAUGUUUUCAGAUUUCCAUACAAAAAAUCAAUUGAAUGAAAAUGUCAGGCGCUUACGGGAAAUUCAACGUCGAUGUAAACAGAAGCAAGAGGAAAAACAGGAACCUGUGAAAGUAUUGUGGAAGUCAGAAAAAUAUUCAAAUGUUGAAUCAAAAAUUAAAAUGGAUGUUGAGGUAAACAAAUCUUAUACUCAUUCAACUCAUUGUAAAAAUAGCAGUUUUAGAGAAACUUGAUCAACUGAAUCUGUUAUGAUUUCAAACAAGGGGAAACAUUUCUAUCUCAUAAAUGCAAAACAUUGUCAUAAAAUAAUUAUGAAUUAGAUUGCAAAUUAUCAGAUGAUUAUUUAUUUCCUGGUUCACUUUCUGAAACCUUUAAAAAUAAUGAUUUUAAUGACAUUUUCAUUUUUAACCAGUACUUUAAUUGAUAACGUUUGUUUAAUUUCAUAAUUAAUACUCCAGUUUGAAACAUUUACUUUUGGAUGUAUUUUCUUUUACGAUAUUAAUCUUUAUAAAUUGUAUAAUGGUUGUUUGUCACUUUGCCUCUAUAAAAAUUGGGUUCAAACUAAAAAAUAGGUUUGGGAAUCUGUGAUCUAUUUUUGUAUCUUAUCACUGAAAAGCUAACCCUGGGCUCCUAAAUAAAAAAACUACCAUAUACCUAGUGUGAAAUUUUAGGUUUAUUUACCCAAAUUUAUAAUCUCGAAUUAUAGCCAAACUCUCUUAUUGUACUAAGUCAUUAAAUUUUUCUCUUUUAAUGUUUAAGCUUUUGUUUUUUAUUGUCAUAUUGCUUUAUUUACCGUAAAAUUUAUUUAACAUCAUUUAGUAACCUAACGAUGUAGCCAUUUCUAAUAACAAUAAUAAUAAUAAAGCUUAUUUGAAAAUCACGCUUCAUCCCCAAAGGCUCGAAGCGCGGUACAAAUUCAUCCAUAUUUCUAUACUUAUUGUUCUAACUUUUUAAAACAGAAGCCAUACACAUCAAGACCAAGUUCAGCAAAUUUUCUUAGAGCCCAUUCUAGAGCUGGACCACCAGUAAAAUUAGAGUCUCGACCCGUCACACCAGAUGUAACAGAUAAAACAACAGUUCCGCCAGCUUCAACAGCUCAAGAUGUGAGUUAGAAAAAUUUGUUUCAUACAAUGUAUUUACUAAGUCUUUGCUAAAUCUAAAGGCUAAAUUUUUUAUGUGAUCUGAAGAUAAAUGAGACUUUGAUUAUGAAAUGAAUUUUUUAUUCCCCAACAUGAUAACAUUUUCAGAUUUGUAGGUUCUUAUUGAAUGAUGGAGACUGUUACGCACUGACUUGUGUUGGGAGAAAUUAAUCUCCUAUUUUAAUUUUAAUUGGCUCGUUGUAAUCAGUGCCUAACAAAGGACGAUACCACAGAAUCAACAAUAUUAAAGAUACGACCCAAAACAGUUUCUAGUUACAAUUAAUAAGAUUUAUUACGUCUUAAGAUAAUUACAAAAUAAAAUAAAAUAAAAUUACAAUCUUCAACUUACAGUAUGGUGGAUCUUGUACCGGUACACAGUUAAUACAAUUAGAAAUAAUGAUGCCAAUAAAUAAUGCGAAAUAAACACAUAUAAGUAGGAGCACACAAAUACACAAAGAAUAAAACACGCCUCGUAAUGUUAAGAGAAUCUAUAAGAAAAUCUCCGUCUCUCGUCCGUGCCUGUCAAUCCCUUAUAUAGGUGGGUCUACCGACGCCCAAGCCCUGCCUUCGAGACAUUUCGAGAAAAAUCCCAAUCAUUCUACCAAAUACUAUUUGGAACAGAUUAAUUAUUUUUAUUCGUUGGCGGCGUAAACAAGUUACUUCAAAGGCCUAAGCCACACCCCUUUGUGAACACAGCGUCUCAUGCGGGGUCAAUCAGAGGGCACGCACGAGAAAUAUGAUGUAAACAAGCUCUCUAUAACAGAGACGAUUUCUUACCCUUUCCUUUUUUUAGCAACACAUUCACUAUCAGCUCAGUCCAGCUUUAAUAUAGGCCUACACUAACCCUUAAUCUGAAUAAAAUAAACACCGUUAUCAGAAUCACACAGGUAGAAGAAUUUAAGUCAAACAAUGAUUGACAUGUUUUUUUUCAACCACUGUAGCACCUAUGAUUAUGAAGAAAUCAUGUUUAUAUGAAUUCAUGUAUUUUAAUCAAAAGGUUAAAUUGAUUCGUCAUGAUUGGAACUUUAUUAAAGUGAAUGGAAUGAAUGCUAAAAAAGUUGGCAUUCACCGACCACCAUCUCUUACCGCCCUUGAUGACUACAAAAAACGCCAGGAGGAGCUUCUCAACCAUCAUCAGUUUGGUGAAGUGCCUGACUAGUGAGAAUAAUAUUUCUAGUAUACAAUUAAGAAUGUUUAAUUUUAAGUUUAGAAUGUAGAAUAAAAUAUUAAGAUAAUUACUUAUUAUUUAUAAUCUGCUUUUUUUAAUUGUAAGAAAGGAAGGGAAUGAAGAAUGUGUUUUUGAAUAUAAUUUUAUGAUAAAAAAUAUUCUAUUCUUGCACGAAUUAAUAAAUUUUUUGUCAAAUAAAAACAAUAAAGAAAUUGUCAUUAAAUUUUAACCUAUUGCAAACCAGUUCUAUCAAACUGAAAAUAUAUGUACAGCAUAUUUACUUUCUUCAGUUUGCGCAAAAGAAAGAGCCAAUGGCGUGAAAAAGAAGAGAAUAGAAUUGCUAACACACCAGAUCCUGCCAUGCCCUCUGGUCAUCGACAACUCCCCGAAAAAGAGAGAAGAGAGACAUUGGACCUUUUGUUAGCAAGUAAGAUAAAAUUCCUCUAUUAGUUUUUUGUUGAUAAUUUAAUUGAAUCAUAAAAGUUGCGGUCAAUUAAAUUUUUGUAUGUGUGCAGGAACAGAUUUUGGAUAGGUUAUUAUAGGUAAAUAGAUAAUACAUUUUGUGUAAAAGCUCUACAUGUAAAAAAAAAACAACCAAAAAUAAAUUUUAAUCAAGGGGUCUAUUCCUAUCAACAUUAUUUUAUUUUUCAAAAAUAAGUUAAAUAUCAAAAUCUUUUAUUAUUUUUUAAUAUUUUAAAGUAUUAGAGAAAUAAUAAAAAAAAAAAAAUCUGAAUUACCGGUAUGUAUUUAAAAGUAAUUUGUUAAAAAGUUUUACAUUAAUGACUUUCUGUUUUUUUUUCAACAGAACAAACCGAUAUAAUCAAUCAAAUGCAGCGUCUCCCCAUUGGGGCUGAUACCAUUCGAGUCAAACAACAGAGACAGUCACUAGAGAAACAACUGAAUGAGGUGGAGGAAGCCAUUAAAAUCUUUUCACGACCAAAGGUCUUUGUAAGAGUUGAAUCAUAAAAGAUAAGUAGGGCCUAAGAACUUCAAGUCUACAACAUUCCCGCACGUAAUUACAGCUGCUGCAUUUUUUAUAAGGACAAAUAAAAUUCUCUCUAAUAAACAUGUAGUCCUUUCAUUGAAUAAAAAUGUGGUUUGAUCAAAUAAGAGGACAUUAUCUUCUUUUUACAUAUAAUUACUGGUUAUUGUGUGUUUCUGAAUUCAGAAUCAACAAGAGCACACAAAAGCUUUUUUUAAAAAAAAGAGAUUAUUAUUUUACAAAAUUUAGUUAUUGUUGAUCUAAACUUAAACAUUUUAUCUUAACAAAUAGUGAGUGAUACAUGUGUAUUUAAAAAAUAUCAAUACUUUAAGAGUCAAAUAUUGAAUUAUGUAAUAAUUGAUUGAUGUCAUAAAAAUUUAGAUAAAGUCAUUUAAUUGAAAAAAUACUUAAUGGAGCAAUACAAUUUUUAGAUAUUUAGAAAUACGCUUUUUGAGAAGAAAUAAAAAAUGAUUUUUCCUUAAAGUUUACAAUAAAUGAAACUUUUAACUUUUAAAUAUAUUUUGAAAUAUUGCAUGAAUUCAUCCAUCUCCUGCCAGCCAUGGUGGAGAUGUUAAAAGAAAAGAUAAAAAUUUGGGGAAAAUUGUUGUUGGUUUUGCUCUUGACAUCAUCUAACAUUCAACCAACUGGGAUUUACUGUGUUAACUAGGUUUGAAACAUGACAGAUAAGUUGGUCAUUGUUACAGAGAUUUGAUGGACAUUUUAUACAUUUUGUAAUCAUAUUUUAUACUAGUGAUAUUUAUGUCAUGUGCUCAUUAAAAUUAAAGAGAAUUUCCAGAAUUUUGAUUUCACGUUAGCCAAAAGGAUAUAUAAUUUAGAGAAAGAUUGCUAAUGCAAUAAAUAAUUGUUAACAUUAUAUUUGUUCAUUAUUAGAUGCAAUUAUAAGUUGGUUUAAGUUCUCUUUGUAAUAAUGACCAAGUUUUCCUGAUGUGAACUGAAGGAAUUUAUUGUCAAAUUAAAACAAUGCUUUCAACAUUAUUAUUGCAGGAAUGAUUACUGAAUGAAAGUGUUUGGUGUCAGUUGAUGGUUUGAUAAUUGGCUAAUGUCAAGAAUUGAAUUUGUGAUAUUGUUAGUACUAAUUAGUUCAUUGAUAUGUUGUAUUCAUACUUUAGACAUUCCCAUAUCUUCAAAUAUUGUUAGUUGGACGGCUAAAACUAUAUCAAUGACUUCUUGAUGGGAGAUUAAUAUUUCAUUCAGAAGAAUAGAUGAAUUUUAUUUCAUUGAUAACAUAUGGUAUGCAUUGGUUAAUAAUGAUACUAGUACUAGUGCUGCUCUCAAGAAGUAAUUUUAUGUGAAAGCCUCCAUUAUAUGCAACUAAUGAAUAAAGAUUUGAAUUAUUAAAGUUCA